AUAGAGAAAACAAAGAGAAAGAGAAAAGAGGCUGGUUUUCGCUGGCUUUCUCCAUUUUUUCGGUUUUGUAGUGAAUGUUACUCGAUGGCGCGCACUUUCUCCGUUCCUCUCUACCUGUGUCAUGUAUACACCUUCUUUAAGCCUCCUCCCCACCCUCCGGUCCCAUCAUCCCACCUCCUAGUGUACACCUUUUUUCUACAGUUUUCAUUCCUUUCUCCAUAUCCGCUCCCCACCAAGCUCUCCCGCCUGUUAAUGUAGGUCAAAUGCAGCCGAGAGUCUUCUCCUCCUUUUUCUUUCUUUUCCCCCCCUCCCCCGUCCAACUGCCGGCCCCCGCCGUCCGAGAGAAAACAUAAGCAGAAUCUUUCCCCCCUUACGUAGUGUACGCAAAGGGAGGAGAGGGAGCUCUCCGCGCCGCACGCUGAUUAACCAAGUCAUCGAUAGGUACCCCUCUCCUCUGGCACGAGUCAGUCUGCAGCAGUUGCAGGUACGGGACACACAUUGUGACUGCCGGGAAAAGGGUUUACCUUUCAGAGUCUGUGCUGUCGCCCCAAAAAAGUUCUUUUUAUAUUCAAAGUGAACUUGAUUGCAGUUGUUUUCAAGUCUAUUACUUGGGUCGUGUACAAGUGAUUCCUGCGUUAUACGAAAGGGGGAAACAAGUCUUUCUGUCAAGUGUUUGAAUCACGUGAAUAGGUCAACUAGGUCAUCGCCCAAUUUGUCUUCAGUGACUGCCAUCAAAACAAACCGUCAGUAGGUCAAGUCGCGCUUUCUCCCCACUUUUUCCACCGUGGGCCGUUUUACCUGUUGGCUGACCUCUGCUGCAGACGUGAUUUGGAAGACUCGACCACUUGUUUAACUCUGUUUCAGACAUCUUUGGCAUCCAGAUCUCUUGCUUCUCUUCGAUUGGCAAACAUUUCCACCACAUCGAUCAUGAAAUUACGGAGCUCCAUUCUGAUUUUACUGGCCGCCGCCACCGCAGUCACUCUAGCGGCUGUGACAGAAACCGACGGACGACUUCAACGUGUGACCCAGUUGAUUGAGAGAGUCAAGAGGCAAAGCGUUGAGGAAGACGCAGCCGCAGCUGUAUCGACGACGACAAUCGCCAGCACCGACGAGGAUCCGCAACAUCGCGAUGGACGAGGACUCGGAAGCACCCUUUUUCAAAUUGGCAAACUGACGUUGAGUCACCUGUUGCCUUUGGCCACUGGGGGAAAUCAAGGCGGCGCUUCAUCCACCAACACUGGGGCAACGGCGGAGAAGAUCAGCUCGGGAAACAGCGUCGAAAUUGCUCUGCCCAGCAGUACGGACUCGCCCAAAAUCACCACUUCAUCUUCUUCGACCAGACCUUGCACGACACCGGACGGAGGGCGAGGACAGUGUCGUGAUUUAGGUAGCUGUCCAGCCUUGUUGCUUCAGCUGGACAGUUUGCGCAAGUCGAUUUGUUUCCAGAGCCUUUUCGUUCCUGGCGUUUGCUGUCCAGAAUCCAAACCCGGCAACAACGCCCUGGUCGCCAUCAUCAACCAGCUGGCCGGAGGAAGUAACAACAACAAUAACAACAACAACAACAACAAUCGGGUUACCACCACGACGACAACCAAACGACCAACAACGAUCGAUUACGAUUCGCUCACUUCUCCGGUUACUUUUGCUCCGACAACAACUCGUCCGUUUGAAACUUUCCUCAAUCCCAUCGUCAGCUCAGGCUCGCAAUCUCAGGGCGUACAACCUAAAGGCCGAUGUGGUCAAGUCCAAGUUUCUUCCUUUCGAGUGGUUGGUGGUGAAUUGUCUCAGCCAGGCGCUUGGCCUUGGAUGACGGCCAUUUAUCUCAAUGGGCCGAAAGGCACUGAAUUCUGGUGCGGUGGCACCCUCAUUAAUGAGCAAUUUAUCAUGACUGCCGCCCACUGUACCCUUGACGGUCGCCAAAAAAGAUUCCGGGCGUCGCAGUACACGGCCCGUUUCGGCGAAUACAACCUUCGGACAACCGAUCCUGGCGAGAGCGAGAUUUUCCAAAUCAGCGAAAUUCGAAUUCAUCCGCAGUUCACCGGCACGGGUUUCUACAACGAUUUGGCUUUGUUCAAACUGGAGCGACCCGUCAGCUUCAGCGAUUACAUCCAGCCCAUUUGCCUGCCGUCCAACGUGCAGCGGACAGAAAGUUUCGUGGGUCAGGUACCCACGAUCGUCGGAUGGGGAACGACUUACUACGGCGGGAGAGAAAGCACCGUGCUGCGGGAAGUGCAAUUGCCCGUGUGGCGCAACGAUGACUGCGACCGGGCUUACUUGCAGCCCAUCACUGACGUCUUCAUCUGUGCUGGAUACGCGGACGGUGGUAAAGACGCAUGUCAGGGUGAUUCUGGUGGCCCUUUGAUGUUACAAAACGAAGGGACGUGGACCCAAGUUGGCAUCGUCUCGUUUGGUAACAAAUGCGCCGAGCCUGGUUUCCCGGGCGUCUACACUCGCAUCACCCACUUUCUGGACUGGAUCAACGCCAACGCUGUUUGAAAAAUAUUAUCUCACUCACGACCGUUUCCGACAAACUAAAAAAGAAAAAAAAAAAGAAAAUCUUUUCUCUUCUCAUUCUUCCCCCUCCCAUUGUUAAAUUGCUAAUUUUAAUUUCUUUCUUAUAUUAUUAAAUGACCAGACACAAAACGAACAAAAACAAAAAUUCCUCUUGUCAAGCCAUGUGCGUGAAACAAAAUUUGGCGACGAGAUGGAUCGUGUCCAAAAACAAAACAAAUUCUGCUGCGCAGACGAAAAAAAUUUUCCCUCCCAAAUUUUUUAAUAUGAAAAAUAUCUAUUUGUGCCUUUUUGGAGAAAUGAUCGAAAUAGGUUUAAGAACAAAAAAAAAAGAGACAAAAAUUUUUAACUGACUUUAUAUGGCUGACCACUGUGUGUGCACGUCUCCGUAUUUUUUUUUUUGUGUUCUCCCCCCUUCCGUCUCACGCCCUUAAUUCCUUACGACUCCCGCACGGACGAAGAAUUACGACGCCCUACAUGUAGUUUUUAUACAGGACAACCAAAACGAAAACAAAACAAAAAGAGAAAAGAGAUGUGUGUUUUAAAGUGAAAACAAGCCGGAAUACAUUCACUUAUUUAUUCCUAUAAAUAAAUAAAUAAAAAAGACGAAAAUUG